AUGGAGGGGCUGGUGUCCAGACAGUGUCCAGACAGCUCUACUAAAGGGGAGUCAGACACAGACACACAAAACAACACUACAGGGUGGUGAGAUAUAUAUAUUUUAUGCAGUUUUUAUUGCGAGAGCCCUAGUGAGUAAGAUUUAUAUUACAUGAUGUAAAUUAAACUUGAAACCUGAAUAUACACAGUAGAAGUUUAGAUUAAUUGUCUCCUAUUUUUACAUAUAAAACUAUUGACUUGACCGAUGGGUACUGUAUGUUAAUUCAAACAUCUCUCAUACCUGCUGUAUGUAUACUGUAUCUGUCUGCAGGUGUUGUGACUCUGUCUGUCUGCCAUGUGGAGAUGGGAAGGACAUCUUGGCUGUGUACAGAACACUGGGGCCUUACAUCCGGAAUGUCAGCCUGGCCGUGCUGACUGACACAGUGCAUGCUGGGAUGCCUUUCCUCCUGGAGGUUUAUGGGUACCUGGCGGCUCCUCCCACUCAGCCAACAGGUUAGUUAAACUUUUAUCCAUCCGCUAUUUACCUGGUUUUAUAGAAGUUACAGUGUAAAAUCGUAAUUACCUAUGAAUAACCUCAUAAUUGACUGAUUAGUUGAUGUGUUGUUUGUUGGUUGUGAUUGGACUGUUGUGUGGUUGUCAGGGAUACAAGGCCUGGGAGGAGAGAACCUAUCGUCUGUGGACGUUCAAUUCAGUGGGAGGAGCCACAAAGGUCAAAGUUCACACAGCGUCAUCGUCCAGGACGAUGGCUUCUUCACCUUCUCCUCUGAUUGGAUGCUGGAAAACCCUGGAACAUACCAAAUUAGUAUGUCAAAAACAAAUAAUGUUUUAUUUUUUAUUAAUGGGAAUAAGAAAUGUUAUAUCUCACAUUCUCCCCUCUCCCUGUAUCUCUCUCCUUCUCCCUGUCUCUCUCUCUCUCCCUCUCACUCUAGAGAUCUCAGUCUCCAACCUCCUCUCCCAGCUCUUCUCCUCCCUCCAUCUCUCCGUCUUGCGUCCCUCUCCAGAGGGGUUGGAGGUCAGCCUGGUCCAGGGGCGAGGGGGUACCCCCUCCUGCCUGCCCUACCCAGCCCAAGACACCCUAUCCCAGGCUCUGGAGAAGGCCUACCUGGGUGAUACCCUCACCCUCCAGGCAUAUGUAGGAGCUGGAAUCAGGGUGCAGUUCCACUGGAGAUUCAGUGAGGAUGAAAAGGAAGAGGAGGAUGAGGAAGAGGAAGGGAAGAGGAGGGAUGUAAAGAUAGACUGCCUUCCUGAUUCUGACUGUCUGAGCAGCACUGUGGUGAGAGCUUUAGACCACAUCUGACUUGGGCUUUUCUAGGGGUCAAAUCAAAACUUUUCAUUCACUGUUAUGAUAUCAUGACAGUUGGACACUAUUCCAUAUUUUCAGAACCAACUGUUUAAAACUGAGGGGAUUCACACUGUCAAGGUCAAUGCUUCCAAUAUCUAUGGCUGGACCGAGCAAACCAUCCAUAUUGUGAGUACUCUGCCACUAUGUUACUUUCAGUCAAGCACUACAUUAUAAACAGUCUGUUAACAUUUUACAGGUGGAUUGAGUAACACAUUCUGUUUGAUAGCUCUACCUGAUUUCUUCAUACUCCACUUGUAAUAGGGGUGCUCUUUCUCUGUGUACAGGCGGUGGUGAGGCGUGUUGUGCGUGAUUUGACCCUGGAAAGUCGGUCUGGGUACCAUCUGGCUGCUGGUCAGAACAUCUCUGUGGACCUGCAGCUCUACACCACACAGAGACAGAGCCUACUGCUCAACCUCACACUGACCUACCAGAGAAAACACAGCGUCAACCAAGACCAUGUCCACAACCUCAACCAAACCUUCAGUCAUGACGAUGCUGACCAUGAAAACAAUCAAAACCAUGACCAAACAGAAGAUCACAACAUCAAUCAAAACCAAACCUACAAUCAUGAACUUGACCACUUCUACAACUUCACCCUAGCGCUUGAACUCAACCACAACCAAAGCCAUGGUCAUGGCAAUGACGAUCACACCCUGUCCCUCCAAUUCACCCACACCCUCUCCCUGUCCUCCUACACCCAGCCCUCCAGUCCCCUGCACCUCCUCUCCUCCUACGGUCAGACCAGCUGCCACCUCCAGUUCCGCCUGCACUACCCCCUCCCUUCCACCGUGGGACAGUAUACCCUCUCAGCCACAGUCUUCUCCCUCUCUGACCCUGCUGUGCCGCUACUCUCCGCCUGUCUCCCUUUCCCCCUGGUGAUGUUCGACCGCAUACGCACCCUCUGGCCGGCUGGACCGUGGAGCGCUGUGGUUCAGUCACAGUCAGAACUCAACCUCACGGUCACCAGCCGGGCUGACCACAUGGGUUCUAAGAUGCUUUGGACAGUUGCUAGAGGCAACACCACUGUGUUCAACAGGAUCACGGAGGCCUGGACCAUGACCAUGACUUUCCCGAUCGCAGGGAGCUAUCUGGUCAUGGUCAAAGCCUUCAACCCAAUCAGCUGGGCUGGCUUCCACACACACUUCCUGGUCCAAGAUCCAGUCGGAGAUUUUUUGUUGAACAUUCCGAGCGUGGUCACGGUCGAUUGUCCAACUGCAGCGUUGUUCACCAUCACAACAGGGUCGAACAUGUCUGUGGUGGUGUUUGCAAACACAUCUGUGCUGUACCAGAACCACAGCUACACAGCAGGGGAGGAGGUGACCGUGGGUUUGUUGUUUGACCGUACUGGGACCGCUGAGGUUGAGGUCAGAGCUGAGAACCUGGUCUCCUCUGAGAACAGGACUGUGAACGUGUGUGUUCAGUUGGUCAGAAAGUGGUCACACACCGUCACCAUGGAUAUAACUCUACCACCGGUCACUGGGCCGAGCCUAGCCCUCAGCACCAAGGUCAAUGGUAAGGAAUAA